ACAUGUGGACGGACGCCCGACGUAAAAUGCCUAAAAAAUUAAUAAGGGUCAUAAAUGAUCGAGAGAAACUUCCAUAUUCGCCGCAAAUUGAAUUCUGGGAUGCAUCUAGAAAGAAAUGAUGUGAGACAAAGCUUUUUUCUGAACAUUUAUUGAAACAACUCACGAGAUCGAAAGACGUAGACUAGAUCUAGAUUGAAUUCCAUAACAUGGCUUCAGCAGUUCGCAUCACCAAGCUCUACAAUCGCAUCCUCGGACACUUCCCCCGUGAGAUUUCGUUAGCGUUCGCCUACGGUUCUGGGGCUUUCAAGCAGCUUGGAAAUGAUAACAAGGAUAACAUGCUUGACUUCAUCUUUGUGGUGGACAACCCUGAGGAAUGGCAUCGGAAAAACAUCCAGGAGAAUAGAAAGCACUAUUCUUCAUUAGCAGCCCUGGGACCACACGGGAUUGCAUCCAUCCAGGAUAGACUAGGGGCUGGUGUCUACUUCAACACUCUUGUUGAAUGUGAAAAAAGGCUCAUCAAGUAUGGUGUGGUGAAGACUGAUACCCUCGUACAAGAGCUGAUCAACUGGAAUAAUCUCUAUCUGAGUGGAAGGCUUCAUAAACCAGUUCAUGUAAUAAAAAGAAUGCAAAAUGGUGCCCUCUACAAUGCUAUGCGUAGGAAUCAACAGAGUGCUGUUUACACGAGUCUGCUACUCUUACCAGAACGCUUUUCAGAAGAAGAACUCUUCAUCUCAAUAGCUGGAUUAUCAUACUCUGGAGACUUCAGAAUGGUUGUUGGUGAAAACAAGAACAAGGUGGCGAACAUCGUGAGGCCUAAUCUAAAAUCAUUUAGGAAGUAUUAUCAUGAUAUGAUGGAUACAACUGAGAACACCCAGUGGAACAAGCAAAGUGGCAUAAUAGAACAAGAUUGCAGUCCAGCAGCCCUGUUCUCCCACAUGUGCGCAUUGCCGAAGAACCUACAGCAUCAGAUCUGUCGGUUGGUAGGAUCAAAGACGGAAGAUCAUGUAGAUGUACUAAGGAGGUUAGCCAGAGAUAAGGCAUGCAAGGAGUACGUCCACAAAGAUAUUGGAGGGCAUUUCUUGAUGAGACUACAGGUUUGCUGUGUGCGAGACUUGUACAACCGUAAUGGUAUUUCCACCAAGUCUGGUGUUGGCUUGGAAACUGAUGACCAUUUCCCUUAAGCCAUUUGCUUCACUGUGGGUUUUCAUAAUGAAACCUUGCUAAAUCUGUCAUAUUUGCCAAGAAACAUGUUGCGUAUAUUUCAUUUAAUGAAAAAAAUAAAGACUCUAUAUUAAAAGAAAAGUUGUAAAUUUGUUGUUUUAUUCAUUUGAUUAGUGGAAAAAGAAAAAUGUAUUACACAUUAUUUUAUUAGCACAUUUUCACGUAAGAGUCUUGUACAGUACAAAUUGGCAAUGGUAUAUUUUAUACAAAAGGAGAAGUAUAAAACAACACCUCUUUUCCCAAAGUUAGUCUAUUCUUUCUUGUGAAUUUCAAUUUCACUUACAACAGUUUGGGUAAAAAUAAAAUUCAGGUAAAAUAAUUACAUGGUACAUGCACAGAAAUUGAUAUCCUAAAACUGAACAAUGGUUCAAUGAAAUAAAUAGUUCAUGUGUGUACAAAUUUGAUGGUGGGUUGGACACAUACUAAGAAUUAAAUGAAUACAAAUUACAUGAUUUUAAAAGCCCCUUAAAAUACCCACCCCCCCCCCC